CAAGAAACGAAAAAAAUCCAAAUUCUUUAUUUGAAAUAUUUGUCAUUUAUUUAUAUCAUAAUUAAUGCUCAAAUAUGAAAUAACGAAUCAGCACAAAUCAAUACUAAGUACAGAGCUUUUUAAGCGUACUAAUUAUUAAAAAGGCAACGUCAGAUUCCAAGUUCCAUCGAUCGAAUAACCUACAAAUUGCAGUUAUUUUUUGGUGUGUACAAAUGAACAUAUUUCAUUAUGAAUAGCAUUGGUGAGGCUUGCAACGAUUUGAAAAAGGAAUACGACGCCUGUUUUAAUUUGUGGUUUUCAGAGCAUUUUUUGAAAGGAAAUUCAAAUGAUUCCAUGUGUGCACCACUGUUUAGAGUCUAUCAACAGUGUGUCAAGAAAGCCAUGAAGGACCAUAAAAUAGAUUUGCAGGAGGUGAAUAAGGAUAUUUUAGGUACCGAUAAAGAAAAGAAGGAACCCCAUUCGUCUUGACAUAAAAGUACCUUUUCAUUGCCCGAUAUUGCAAGAAAGAAUAUUGACGGAGGCAAGUAGUGAAAAAUCUUUGUCAUUUACGUUAGAAAAUGAAUAUUAGUUGACUAGUAAUUUGUUACUGCUUAAGAGUAUGUGUCCUAUUUAUAUGUCGUUGGUCUCCUGUAGACACAAUAAUAAUCUGUGUAUGGUGUAAUAUGAUGCAUUGUGCAAUCUCCAGUGUAACAUUGAGUGAUGCAUUGCCACACACAGCCUAUGACGUUUAUAGGAGACCAAUGACGAAAUAACUGAAAUUGUAAAUGAUAUUUAUCGUUUUAUAUUAUUAUAUCUGUUGAUUACAUUAGUAUUUAAAUAUUGAUGUGAAAGCUUUUAGUUUUUCUACACCAAAUACCUGAGAAGCUCAUCUGUAUUCAUAUUAUAACUGCAUUUGAUAUAGUAAUUUCAGUAUUAUAAAAAAAAACAAGUCAUAUCUAGAUAUUUAAAUUUAACAACACAAUAUCACAUUUCCUGUAUACAGUACUAAUAAAAUAAAUAUUUAUAAACGUAAUACACAAUUUUUAUGUACGUAGAGCUUUUUGUUGUCAUUAAAAAUGGGGAAUACUAAACAUUACUAGAAUGUUGUAUCUGGUCUUAUUUAUGCCAACAAAGUUAGCACAUAUCAUCAUAAAAUCAUUGAAUUUCUUUUAACUUGGGACCAAGACACCACCACAAAAGUACAAAUAAACAUAAAAGGUCUAGAAUUAAAAAUUAAUCUAAUCUGUAUUAAUUUCACAUUGUAUUUUUUGAAGUGUAAUACAAUCAACUAAACGUAACUGUUUAUCAGUUUAUACAUGCAUUUUCUAUUAAUCUGUCAUACACAAUUGUAAAGCUGCAACUAAUUCUUCACCUUAU